CAAGAGAAGGGAAGAGGAAACAAGGUGUUCAGCUGAAAGUAAUCGUUUGUUAAAGACUUCUUUCAGAGGCCUACACUAAAGCAAUCUGAAUCUUAUUUGUUUAGUUUAAGCUUGUAAAUGAAGCACAGAGACAGUGAAACAGCAAAGCUAAAAAGGGGGGUGAUCCGAGUGACGUCCAACCAGCAAUUUUACAUACAACGUUCCUCAACCUGAGCUCAUGGACUGUUGAGAACUCAUAAUUCAAAAUGAAGCCAGUGUUUUUCAGCAUGACUGUCCUGCUCAUUUCCUACAACUGUUUGAGCGAACACAUUUACACAUAUUUCGGUCUGGUCAUCUGCUUCAUGCUCUGGGCUAAAACCAUAUUCCACACAGAAAAUGGCUUGUCCGAUGGAUUUGGCCGGGCAGUGUUGAUUACAGGUUGUGAUAGUGGAUUUGGACAUCACCUUGCAAAGGCACUGGACCACAUGGGCUUCACUGUGUUUGCCGGAUGUUUAUAUCCUGAAGGUCCUGGGGCUCAGAGUCUGGUUGAAGAAGGCUCUGACCGUGUGAAGGUGCUCAAGCUGGAUGUGACCAAAGAUGAAGAUGUCUGCUUGGCCAAGAAUUUUGUGCAAGCAAAUUUGCCAGAGAAGGGUCUCUACGCUGUGGUGAAUAAUGCUGGAAUCAGUGACUGGGGAGAGACCGAGUGGAGCACUGCCAAGGACUUCCAGAACAUGGCUGAUGUUAACCUCUUUGGUGCCAUCAGAGUAACCAUCCCAUUCUUGUCACUCAUUAGAGCAUCCAAAGGUCGUAUGUUAUAUGUGUCAAGCAUCUUAUCUUUCUUCAACUGUCUGAACAUGGGAGCAUACAGUGUGUCCAAGCGGGGACUGGAGGCAUUUGCAGACUGCUUGAGAGUAGAGAUGGCCAGUUUCGGGGUUAAGGUCAGUAUUAUUCAGCCUGGAAAUUUUGGCAUAGCCACAAAGAUUCUGCACAAGAAAACCCCACAAGACGUAUGGGAUGAAUUUGAUGAUGCACGUAAACUAACAUUCAACCAGAAAUACAUUGAGAUGGCAUGUGAAUAUUUUAAUUCAUUGUGCACUUCAGGAUUUAAAGAUUGCUCUAUGGUUGUCAAUGCCAUGUUACAUGCUCUCACUGCUCCCAAACCUCAAACCCGAUACCUGCUUGUUUCCUGGAGAGAAAUGUUUUUUUUCUACAUAUGCCCUUUUCUCCCAACUUUUAUUACUGAUUCUGUGUUUCAUGCAAGUUCCAUGUAUCGCAAGCGUAAAGAAAUGCUUUACUUAUAAUUAGUUUAUUCAUAAUCAGAACAAGAAAGCUUGCUUUACAUAGAUGACUCAAGUCCUAAGUGUUGCUGUAAGACAGAUGUAACUCUAACAUGAGAUGUUGCAAAGUUUUUCUGGACAACUGUACACAAACAUAUGUUCUAAAACAUACUUUACCAUAAAUGUGUGUUAUUUACUCCUUUCACUUUGCUCUCUGAGUAAAAACAUAAUAAACUGUCAUAAUUAA